AGAUAGUGCAUAACUACUCACACCCUUCAGUCGGUAUUUCAUAGAGGCACCUUCUGAGACAAAUCUACCCUUCAGUCUGUCUGGAUACGUCUCUGUUGGCUGUACAGAAGUCUGGACUGACCACAGGAAAAUAAGCUGUUCUGAAUUUCCCUAAACUCAAAGAGACUGUAUCAUCCCACACGGCUGAGAUCAUUCCUGGUCAUUGCUGGAUGUAGAGACAGAUCAUGGAUCGAAGGAACACCCCGGUCAAUGCUUCCGUGGCUAUGACCACACACAUCCUGAAGCUCUCAACUACCACCGCCAGUUACAACAACACAGACUGCUAUGCAAUCAUGAGGGCGAGGAACCCAAAAGUAGAAAUUUUCUUGAUGAUCCUUCUUAUAGGUGUCUUUAUUUUUGGAACAAUAUUUAACUUGUUUGCUGUCUGGGUUUUCUUUUGUAAGAUGAAGAAGUGGUCCGAGACAAGAGUCUUCAUGAUGAACCUUCUAUUUAGUGAUUGCUGCCUGCUGUUCACGCUCCCUUUCCGUAUAUAUACCACUCAGUAUGAAUGGCAUUUGAGCAAUAUAUUAUGUGACGCUAUUCGUUUUUGUUAUUUUAUGAACACAUACAUGGGCAUUGCUAUCAUCACUUUAAUAUCGGUAGACAGAUAUGUGGCUAUCAAGUUUCCAAUGAGAGCAAGAACCUUACGUACUCCAAAGAAGGCAGCACUGGCUUGUGGGAUUAUCUGGCUACUUUUUAUCUCAACUCGUCUCUACCUUGAGCUUGGGACGGAUUUACAAUUCAGAGAGUCAAGAUUUUGCUUCCGAAAAGUGUCAAUAAAACCUUUGAAGAGAACCUUGUAUUUUACUAUUUUUGGCUCUUGUAUCCCAAUGGUCAUAUUAAUUUUCUGCUCAACACAAAUCAUAUGGACCCUAAAAAAGAAGACGAAAAUGAGCAUGAAUGAAGAAAAGAACAUCGAGAAAACCAUCAGCAUAGUAAAAACUAAUCUGACAAUCUUUUUAUUUUGCUUCCUGCCUCUGAGUAUUGGAAAUAUUGUAAGGUUUGUCUUUGAAUCCAUACGUUUAGAAUGCGGAUUCUUGAAGUGGAUAAAUGAUUUUGUGCAUGUCACACAAGGCCUUAGUGACCUAAAUUGCUGCCUUGAUAGCAUCUGCUAUUACUUUGUGGCAAAGGAAUUCUGGGAAAAUGCUUCACUGUUUCCAAAAUGGAAAAAACAACUAAUUCAGGACCAAACACAUGAGUCUAGUAUAUAGAUUGGGUGUAGUCUGGAAUACUGACUAAGGUUUAAAAGUGUUCCCUGAGAAUAAAUACUUUUUAUUUUUUAAUAGAAGAUUCACACUCAACUGCUCCCUGGCAUUAUGGUCCCCGAACUGUCACAUACUUUGCUGCAGCCAAAAACUGGCUUCAGUGGUGACUUGGCCAAAGCUGCAGAUCACCGCUGAAGCCAGUAAUAGGCUGCAGCAGAGCAUAUGAUCAUGCCAGUGCACUCUAGGAUGAAAGCAGUUUGGGGACCAGAACAUGAACAUGCGGGAGCCACAUUGGAGGACCAGAGUGGAGGGCAGCAGGUAAGUUUGAAUCUUCUUUUUACAGAGGCAUGCUGCUGGCAUUAUUCCCAGAGAACCCCUUUAUAUGGCUUUAACAAACCAUACAUCACAAGAUACUUCUCUGCAUGCACACACUAUGUCAUAGACUGUUCCAUGCACCAUGCAUCAUACAUCAAUGCACAAUUAUGUUGAGAUCGUAAUCUAGGCCUGUAUAUUUAACCCCUUAAGGAACCUGAGAUUUUCCUUUUUUGCGUUUUUGUUUUUCACUCCCCCGCCUUCCCAUAGUCCUAACUUUUUUGUUUUUACAUUCACAUAGCCAUAUGAGGGCUUAUUU